CCCGCCGGCGCCCACGAGAGACGCGAACACGUGAUCGGGACCGCAGGUUCUACUAGGGUCGCGUCGACGUCAGGCCUAUCCUCCGCCAAAUCCAGGGUAUCCUGGUUAUCCUCCACCGUCUGGAUUAGAGUAGUGGGUACCCCCGCAGCAGUCUUCUCCAUGGGCUCCAGGAGGAGGCCCUGCUCCCUACCCCUCCCAGCCACCGUCCAUGCAACACCCGGAGGAGGAGGCACGUGAGUUUUCAACUCGCAUUAGAUUUUACCGCUUUCC